UUUUGUCCUACAAAGCCAACCUACCCCACUCUUUGCCUGGCCGGCUUACUUUCUUUUUUUCUGUAUCUGUCAAUGUAAAACAGACAGACAUACCGAUACAGUGCGAAAUGUCAAUGUAAACCGUCAAUCAUUCGUGCUAUAAUUAAUGAUAAAAGCUAAGGCGGUGAAGAAAUUAAUUGGAAUAAAAUAAUAUCAAUUACAUACAUACAUGUACGAAUACCUACAAAGUGAUAAAAAUGGCAUUAAAUAAAUUCAUGCACCCGAGAAACAUAUACCGAACACCCCCUGAUUUUGUGAAAUUAUACAAAGAGUUUGAAGAUUUCUCUACAGUUGCUAAAAUGGAUGUUACAGGAAAAGUUAGCAUUGAUUUUAAGGAUACAAGAGCUCUGAGGAUUUUGACAAAAUGUUUAUUAAAAUCUGACUUUGAUUUGGAUGUUGUGAUACCGGAAGAUAGAUUGGUGCCGACUCUUCCAUUGCGCCUCAAUUAUAUUUUAUGGAUUGAAGAUUUAAUGAUUUCGAUUCACAAGGAACAUAUUACUGGUUUAGAUAUAGGUACAGGAGCUUGUGCUAUAUACCCAUUAUUAGCAGCUAAUAAAAAUAAAUGGCAUAUGGUUGGAACAGAAAAGGAUGAAGAUAGUUUGAAAAUGGCCUUGGACAACAUAGAAAGAAAUAAUUUACAACAUCUAAUUAAAUUAAAGAAGAAUAUAACUGCUUCAUUGAUUGAACAUUUGUUUGAGGAGGACAAUGAUUUGAGAUUUGACUUUUGUAUGUGCAAUCCUCCAUUCUAUAGCAAUGUACAAGAGGUACUGGAAUCACGAAGCUCUGCAAGACCACCUCCUAAAAAUGCAUUUACGGGAUCACCCCAAGAACUGAUUACUGAAGGUGGAGAGUUGGAGUUCUGUAGAAAGUUGAUCAAAGAAAGUGCCAAAUUUAAAAAUCAUAUCCUUAUAUUUACAACAAUGAUUGGACACAAAUACAACAUGAAAGAAAUUUUGCUGGAUCUUAAAGCUGAAGGAAUUAACCAUACUACUACAGAAUUUUGCCAAGGCCGUGUUACUCGAUGGGCCAUAGCUUGGACCUAUCAAGACUAUGAUCUGUACAAUUUAGUACCACCAAGAGAUAAGGCUAGGAAAAAAAGUAUUCCAAUAACAUUUGUUCUGCCUGAAAUACCAAAUCUACCAUAUGAUGUAGAACAUACAACUGAAAAAGUUCAACAGUUGUUUGAUAGCCUUAAUAUCCAAUACAAAAUUAUUACAAAAAGACGAAACGAAACAGUACUGAACUUCAAUGCAUUAACAAAUACAUGGACAAACCAAAGACGUAAGAGAAGACUUUUGAAGAAAAUAGAAGAAACUGUAUCUAAAAAACAAAAAUUAGAAAAUCAAGAAAAAUGUGAAAAAAGUACUCCAGAUUCAAGCAUUGAUGAAAAAUCAAAUGUACUUAAUGAAACCAUGGAUUUAGCAACAGCUUGUAGCACAGCAUUAAUUGAUCAGACAGACACUGUAACUAAUAAAGACACUGAAAAACCAAUACUGCAGGGAAUUUUUAAAGUAAGUAAUAAGGCAAAAACAGUUGUAUUUGAAAUGGAAUAUCUUGAAGGCAGUGCUGGAAAAGAAGGGGUUCAUCAAAUAUUGCAAUAUAUUAAAAACAAUUGGAAGUAAAAA